GUUUUAGUGCGCGUGCAUGUCUUGGGAAGAAGUUUGAGGCCUGUGCGGGAUUGUGCAAGCGGUGACCAAGUGCAGCGUCGCAAUCCUUGCAAACCAAAGCCAAACUCUAACCUAUAAUCUACCUGUGCAAUAAGAGAGUCACGUAGCUUGUCGUCUUGGACUCAAUCGCCAACUUGCGACAGAACUCCCGUGAUGCAGCAGACUGGUUUCGGGUCGUGCCAGAACCCUAGACGGCAUUCUAGUAGCUUCGGUAUUAGUACAGCAGGACUCAAGGCUCGCCUGCCCUCGGCGCGCGUGCGGGCCGAGAUGGCCUCGGCGCAGGCUGCACCCCAGCCCCCGACUCCGCUCUUCACCAAGUUCAGCAGCCCGGUCUACAGCCUCGCAACAGACGGCGUGGGCCCCAGCGGGCGGGGCAGUAUGAACCUGGUGACCUACUGCGCCCCGGUGGCCAUCAAGCCCGAGCGCAUGUUCGCUGUGGGGCUGUACCUGGGCACGCAGUCGCACGAGCACAUGCGGGUGCAUCGCCGGGGGGUGAUGCAGGUGCUGCAGAACCAGCACGUGUCGCUUUUCACGCUGUUGGGCAAGACCUCAUCUCGGGAUGUGGACAAGCUGGUGGCGAUACGGGAAAAGGGCUUUGCGCUGAAGGAGCGGUUCGGCAUCCCCACACUCGAGGAUGCCGCGUGUGUCAUGGAGCUGCAGGUUACGUCGGACUUCAUGCCGUGUGGCGACCACGACGUUGUGCUGUGCAAGGUGGUGGGCUACGAGAACCUGGUGGAUGACCCCGCGGCGGUGCUGUACACGGACACGUUGCGCAAGGCCGGCCUCAUGUAAGGCAAGGACGAUGCGUUGGCAAGAAGUAUUUGUGGGCGAAUGCGGUAUGAGUUUUUCGCAGGAUGUUACAGUUUGGGUAAGAAUAUAAGGUUGGGUAAGAUAAUAACAAUGAGGAGUGCAAGUUAGGGAUUGGCAGAGACCGGCGCGGUGGAGUGGGGAAGCGGAGACGGAGACUGGCCUAUUUGACGGUUGCUGGCUACCAAAGCUGGAAGCAAAGCGCGUGAUCGCAGGCAACAUAUUAUCGGCUGCAGAGGGGGGGAUUCGUGCCGGAUGUGCUUGGAUAUGCUGCGUGGCAUGGGAAGAGGGGUGGGGUUGCUUGGGCGAGGAGCGUGCUAAGUGGGCACGGGGGUUCUUGCCGAGGAACUGUUCGAUCCAGGUUUCGCA